AUGAAUCAGAUUCAGAUCAAGUUCAACUUGGUGAAGCAAUCCCCAAAUCCUGAAGGGUUGCUAAUGCUUGAUGGGAUGAGGAUGUACAGGCAAAAGAUCAUUGAAGCGGAGGAUGAAGAGGAUGCCAAAUACCAGCCAUCUGGAAAUGGUGAGAUUGAAGGAGCCAGAAACAAUGGAAGUGAAGGCGACAAGGACGUUGGUAUGGACGCAACUGGUCUACGUCCAGACUCAAACCCGCAAGAUCUAGACACUGACACAGCAAUUACCUACUUCAAAACUGUGUGGACGGAGGACUUUGCAGCUCUGGAUCUCAAAGAGGUCCAAUACACAGUGUCCAAACCUCAGACCUUUGUGGAUGAAGCGAUGGAUGGAAUAGGAGAAGACCCCAGGAAGGCACACAAAUGGAAUUCUUUGGGCAUGCAAGAUUUGGUUGUCCAAGUACCCUGUUUACACCCUUUUGAUCCAAUUUGUGAUCCACAUGGCCAUCACAGAAGCUUUGGAUCUAAUGUUGGAGGAACCAUGCACUUUGUAAAGGCAAUAGGCUAUGGAUACUUGACUUGUGCCGGCUUGGCGUCACAAACUGUCAAGGAGAAGGGAGAUCAUAAAGACGCAAGUGAACAAGCGCCGCUUUCACAACAGAUCAGAAUCAUUGACGUAUGGUUCUAA